UGUCUACUUGGAAUUUUUGAACGAUUAGGCUCCGCCCAUUUAGUAGAUUACACCACAUUUUGGAACGACGUUGAGUUAACUCCGCUACUCCGAGUAGAGUUUUGGAACGCAGCCGAAGUCAUGUGGUCUGUUUUUUUAGCUGCACUGCGGAACUAGUGCAAUAAGUUAGAAUGAGACCACUAUAUUUUUUCUCACUUUAACUUAUUGCACCAUUUCAGUAGUGCAGGUAAAAAGAACAGACCAUUGGUUAGUUUGGUUAGUUCAGCACGUUGACGACAUGUCAACAACGGCAUGGAUUUUAUUGUUAGUCUUUCAAUUUUGCCUUUUCGGAGAUACGGUUGGUUCAGUAGGUGACAAGUCGCAGGUAUACAAUCAAUGUCUAGCAUUGUGUCGCAAUAAAAACUGCAAAGAUGAAAAGAAUUUUAAGAAACAACCCUCCUUAUCACUUACUUUGCUAAAUUGGUCUUGCAAAGAAGAUUGUAGUUAUAUUUGCACAUGGAAGACAGUAGACUCUUUUAUAUCUCAUGGGUUAAAAGUACCACAAUUUCAUGGAAAAUGGCCAUUCAUCCGCAUGUUUGGAUGUCAAGAACCUGCAUCUGUUUUCUUUUCAAUAUUAAAUUUCUAUACCCACUUGAAAAUGUUUCAAAAGUUUAAAAAACAGCUGAAUGGUACCAAUCCUAUGUUUUAUGCUUGGUUAUAUUUUAGUAUUAUAUGCUUAAACGGAUGGUUCUGGUCUGCUAUAUUCCAUUCACGAGAUAGACCAUUUACAGAAGCAAUGGAUUAUUCUUGUGCAUUUAGUAUGGUACUUACACUCUUAUACUGCAUGCUUUUAAGGAUAACAUAUAAAAGCAAUAAAGCAUUUAUUGUAAUAACUUGUGGAUAUAUAAGCAUCUUGUGUAUGCAUUUAUCGCAUUUAUGGUCAGGCAAAAUUAAUUACAGCUAUAAUAUGAUGUUGAAUAUCUUGAUAGGCUUAGCGACUUUUGCGAUAACAAUUCUGUGGUGGUACAUUAAUCGCAAUAAGUUAUUUUAUACAUACUUAAUUGUUUGGUUCAACAUAUUGACCAUUUUUGUCACUUUACUUGAAUUAGCAGACUUCCCACCUAUUUUUUGGAUACUUGAUGCUCAUUCCUUAUGGCAUGCUAGUACAGUUCCUUUAAUUCCAUUAUUAUAUAGAUUUAUGAUCUCAGAUUGCUCCUACCUGCAAAACAGUUACUAUAAAUCACUUCUAGAUAUUAAUCACAGGCAGUAAAAGACUUUAUAUAGUAUGAUACAAAUUCAUAUUUAUUUCAAAAUAUGCAGGGAUAGUAUAGUAAACAUUAGCAGGAGGAUAGUAACGUUAUUAAUCUUACAGACACUCUUAAAUAUGAUAGCAGAUUCGUUAUAAAUAUGUUGUUGCAAAUCGUCUUCUUUUCAACUGUACGUAUGUAUAAAACAUCAAAGUGUAAAAUAUGUGAAAAAUCAGUCCUUCACUUAAAUUUCGUAAAUAUUAAUGCUAUCUCUGAAAAUAUCUUGUACCAUAAUUAAAUGUAAACGACAAUAGCUUGCGCAAAUGUUUAAAUAUCUAUUUAUCUAUGUAACAGAGCAAAAAUUUUUUCCUCUUAAAUAUUUCAUAUUCAAUAUUACCACUCUUGUUAUUUAA